UGACUUCAGGAUGACAAUCAAGGUCUUGUUAAUUUUGCUGGCAUUGCUUGCACCAAGCAUUGCCGGCGGUGAACGCAACAUUCAGCAUUUCGUCAAGAUAGAUGUGGCGAAGAUUAACGUCAAGAAUACGACAGAUCCGAAUGGAAAUGUGAGUUCAACUACGCCUAUUAGUGAACCAGUGACGGACACAUCUACCAAGGCCUCCACGACCGAAAGCACUACCAGCACAUCCGCCACUACGUCUACAACAACCAGCAAAGCAACCACAACGGAAGCAGCUGUUACUACGGAAAGCACUACUACGACAAGUUCUUCCACUGCAACGCCUGCUUUGGAUCCAUUGGAUACGUUGUUUCCACCGCUCAAAGCAGGCCGUGCUGCGAAGUUGGUUCCCAAGGGAUAUUACUGCCGAUGUGAUCUUACGAUUAAUGUGUGUGAUAUCAACUGUUGUUGCGAUAUCGAUUGCCACGCAGCCAUCUUGCGCACCUACGACUGCGAUCAGGAGGAACUUCAUACGGACGAAUACCACCACGACGAAGGGUUACAGUCGUGCCGGGUACAGGGCGGAUUGUUCUGUCUCGUUGAACCUAUCUACGAGGAAGGAGAUGAUAGUUACUACAACCCUGAAAGACUUCCUACCGCAACCCGACACAAAUGGAAGGAAGUGUUUCCCUUGGACAGUUCCACUUCUUCAGAAGACGUCCGUUCGGACCACUAUCGUGUAGAUGACGCUCUGUACGUCUACAAUGAAACAAGUGAAUUGGUGCACCUAUUUGCUCUUCCCGUCUCACUCACCGGUACCGUGUGUCAAAUCGAUCAACCGGUACGCUUUCUGCGAGACCGCACCAACCUUUGCCGCCGAACGGUGGAUGAGUUGAGCGACUUUAAUCGAGCCUUUUUCCGACACGCACCAUCAUCGGUACGGUUCUUUCGUACACCGAAAAAAUCCACCGUCAUGGAGCACUACUGUGUGGAGGAUGGGGAUUGUCUUAAUGCAACUGUUUCCGUUUGUAAUUAUGGCGAUGGCUGGAAUUGUACGCAGGGCGCGAACUUGACCGAUACCACCUCGGGGGAUGAGAUAUUCGAGGAAGAUCCCGGGACCGUUUGCCGAGAGCUUGAGAUCGAGUUUUAUCACAACUAUACCAACCUGCAGCGAGUUCACAUGAAGCUCCUCUGCAGACCGUAUCCUGAUAGAAGCUCUGAUGGAGACAUUUACGUCGAAGUUGUAUGGCAACGUGUCACUGUUAAGUUUAUAGUGUCGACUCCUCCAUCGAAAGUGAAUUCAACCCGCGCCGUUAGUGGAAAUAUUGGAUAUCUCGUAGGGAAACCGUUGAUUGUGUCGCACCAAGAGUUUCCUCCAAAUGGAACCCUUCCACCAGGAGAAACUCCACCGGAAAAUCUACCAAAUCGCAUGCUAGCUUACUUCACUAACGGGACACGCCUUCCGGAUGCUUCCUUUCGUCUACGCUUUCCAAUUAGUCGUAGAAAUCGGUGCGUCCUAACCGAAACCGACCAUCAAACGGUAGACUUUGGAACGGAUGUGUUUCAUCGCUGCAAUUACAUACCACCCGAUCUCUUCAACCAAACCACCGGAAGUGUCCAGAACUAUACCAAAUUUUGUCACGAGCUCCAGGCAGGGUUGUACGCACAGCUACUCCACGGCAUUUAUCCGGAUGUAACUUCUGCGGGAGGAAAAAGCUACGACAAACUUAACCUGUACCUAUCAAAGUAUGGCAAUCCGAUUAAUCGUACCACCGACUGGGUUCGUGUACGCUCCACCAACGUUAUCCUUGAUGCGGAACCAGGCGCUGAAGCACCAUCGUCAAGCACCACCGAUACCAUCGAAAGCUACUUCACCUGCAGCAACAUGCUCAUCAACGUGGAGUAUCGGUUCUACUAUGCGAGGACGCGGGUGCGUGACGUGCGGCAUCAAGCGAUCGUACAUGAUGCCGAGAUUGUGUUUGGACCGCGUGUAAAUCUACGCUUCCGGUUGGAUGAAGAGGUCCGGGUGCCGCUGUUCAUACAGGUACAGUUUUUCGACUUAACCUCAUCCUCGGUAACGGUGGUGGGCUUUAGCUGGUUUGUGGUUGGUUUCUGUGUGGUGUUUGCGUUCUUGGUACGAAAGACUACUUCCAGGGAGUAUUACUGAGUCACAGCAGCAAACAUAUAUUUUUUAAAUUGACAAUUAAUUUAAGAUAAGUUGUAGAGCUUGAAUAGAAAGUAAUGUAUUAUUGUGUUCUAAGGUGAACAAAAUCCUUCGUUCCGAAUAUUGUUUGGUGUAAAGGGCCCGUCCAGCUUCAAGUCUUUCAAAUGUAAAUCCUGUUCUCAGCUCUUUAAAAUCAGAACUGGUGCCAUCCUGAGGAGUUCCUCAACUAGUCCUUCACUCCUUCACAUGAUCCUGCGAUUGACUCAAGCUUUAUUUUAAGCACGUGGACCUCAGCAUAGGAGAUCACAAUUUAAAAUAAUUUCUCAAAGGCUAGUGUCAGAUCGGCACAUGUUUUUUUAAGUGUCCCCGCUGGGACUGAUAACUGACGAAGGUUCUGAGACUGAUCCAGAUGCUUAGCCUAAAAAGCGGGCGUAUAAAGGAACCGCAUAACCUAGUAGCUGUCAGCAGGUCUCCAAUGGGCUACGGGAGUCCAUUAUCUUAAACAGAAAUCAGCGAUGGCCAUCAGAACGCCUGCACCAGGCAGUUACAACACUGAGCCAAGAGGGGUCUCUUAGACUUAUUAGUCUAUGCUUAUAUUCCAUUCGGUGAUCAUGAAGUCCUGAUGAAGUUAGGAGAAGUUUUACUAGGGAAAAAAUCACCAUACCCGAGAGAAAGGAGAGUAGGUUUUGUUUAAAAUUGAAACCUAUUUUAUUGCUCUGCUCAUUGCAACUGUUGGAUUGAUUGUACUGUACCACCUAGCUUACCUUAAUUAUAUGAAGCAGCGGUUAAAAAUA